AUGUCUGAUCCAAAGCUAUCAUGGGAAGGUAGCAAAUAUGACCCAAAACCAGGGCAGCCAGAAUUACCGCCUCAGCUAGCUGAGUUCUCAAAUAAGACCACUGAUCAAGUUUUGGAGGAAUUGAAUAGAUUACCCUUUUUCAUGACAAAAUUGGAUGAAACAGAUGGAGAAGGUGGAGAAAAUGCGGAACUAGAAGCACUAAAAUCAUUGGCUUACGAUGGAAAACCAGAUGAAAUAGCAUUAAAUUUCAAAAACCAAGGAAAUGAUUGUUACAAAGCUAAACAAUAUCAAAAUGCAGUGAUAUAUUAUACAAAGGGACUUGAAGUUGAUUGUGUUGAUGAUGAAAUUAAUAAAGCACUUUAUUUGAAUCGAGCCGCUUGUGAUUUGGAAUUAAAGAAUUAUCGAAAAUGUAUUGGAGAUUGUAAACAAGUAUUGCAAUUGGAUGAGAAAAGUGUGAAAGCAUGUUAUAGAGCUGGGAAAGCAUUUUCUGCUAUUAAUCAAUUUGAAGAAGCUAAACUAAUAACUCAAUACGGUCUUAUGAUUGAAGAAGACAAUAAGGAAUUGAAAAGUCUAAAGGAGCUGAUUGAAAAGAAGGAGAAAGAUUUAGCUGACUUGAAAAAGAAACGAGAGGAGGAACAACUACAAAGACAAAUGAAACAAACAGUACUAGAUAAUUCUAUAAAACUUCGUCAUAUCGAAGUAGUGCAAACUCGUGAUACCCCAGAAAUGUUAAGAGACGCCAAAAUCAAACUUGAAGAUCCAAAAGAUUAUCAAUCACAAUUAAUUUUUCCUGCAUUAAUAUUAUAUCCAACAAUAGAUGAAUUUGACUUUAUUGCAGAAGUAAGUGAAUUAACCACACCUUUAGAAAUAUUAGAAAUGAUACUUAAUAGACCAAAAGAAUGGUUUCUUGAUCCCAAGCAUAAGGAUUUUAAUGUCAAGACUUUGAAUUGUUAUAUGGAGACAACAUCCGGAGGACUAGUAAAAAUUGGUAAAAAGAUACCGAUAAAUGAGGCAUUAAUGAAAGAAUCUCCCAAAGUUCCUCUAUUUGAUAAUUCAUUGAAAUUAUUUGUUGUUCCAAAACUGAAAGAGAGUGAAUGGAUAUCCCAAUGGAAUAAAUCUACAGCUUUACAAUCUCGUAUACAACAUUAA